AUGGCCUUAUUCUGCGCCCCGAGCCCUCUUUCCCACGAGUCGCCGUUGGAACAAUUAAUCGACCAUGGAAAGAGGAAGAUCGAGGAGAAGAUAGAUACAAAUUCUACGAAACGCGCAAAAUACAUAGGGCCGUUUAUUGUCGACGAGGAGGACGGGCACCAGGAUAUAUUUCGCUCCGAAUCAGAAUCCAGUUCUUCAGAGUUGCCAAGUUGGCUUCGUGCUCAAGGAACAUAUUCCCAUGAAACUACAGCACCGUCUUGUACCUCUACUCUCCCCGAAUUUCAAAGCAUAGAGCUCUCAGGCCGUCUGCGCAAUUCUAGGACUGCCGGUCCAAGCCCUCCCAGCAGAAGCGAGGAAGUCACCAUUCGGAAAUGUUCAGGUGAAUCCGUUUCUAUCCGGCGACGAAAACCAAAUACACUCCUCUCUUAUGAGCAAUUGGUCGCUAGCCGAUCGAUCACAGCUCCUGGGAAGGCAACCAGAAGCUAUUACGGUAUCGAGAUUCACCAAUUGCUCGAGGAGGCUCGAACAAUCGGGAACGCCGGUAAAGGAUCAGAGAGUGCACCGACCAUUCAUCAGUCAGUGGAGGCUCCAGCGGAAUGCCAGGGAAAGUCUGAAAAGGCCGCCAAUGUUCUCUGGACGGAGAAAUAUCGCGCUCGAAAAUUUAAAGAUCUUAUCGGCGACGAUAGGACCCAUCGUGCGGUUUUACGCUGGCUAAAGGGCUGGGAUUCCAUUGUUUUUCCCAAUCUAGCCAAGUCGAGGACGCAAAAUAAGCCUGUGGAUUUUGAAGAACCUACACACCGUAAAAUACUUUUGCUUACCGGGCCUCCGGGUCUGGGGAAAACAACAUUGGCCCAUGUGUGCGCAAGCCAAGCCGGCUACGAAGUUUUGGAAAUCAACGCCAGUGAUGAGAGAAGUCGGGAUGUUGUGAAGGGAAGAAUCAAGGAUGCGGUUGGCACGGAAAAUGUGAAAGGGAUUUGUGUCAAAGCUGAUGGAAAGGCAAUACGAAAACCUGGUAGGCCAGUUUGUGUAGUGGUGGAUGAAGUGGAUGGUGUUGUUACCGGUUCAGGGGGAGGAGAAGGAGGAUUUAUGAAGGCGCUCAUUGACCUUGUCGCUCUGGACCAGAAAAACUCAAAGAAGUCCCCAACGGACGCGACGAGUAAUAAUGGCAAACGAAAGAAGAAGGGGGAGAAGUUUAGGCUUCUCCGACCCUUGAUUCUGAUUUGCAACGACGUGUACCACCCCAGCCUUCGCCCCCUUCGCACGUCGUCCGUUGCUGAAAUUAUUCAUGUCCGUCAAGUGCCGCUGGAUAAAGUGGUCCAACGGAUGAAGCAUGUUUUUGAGAAGGAAAACAUUUCUUGCGAUGGAGAUGCUGUCAGAAGAAUAUGCGAGGUCUCUUGGGGACUCAGUGUCAAAAACGACCGUCAGGUGAAAGCUCGCGGAAUAAGUGAGGGUGACAUUCGAGGCGUGCUCGUUGCGGGUGAAUGGAUAGCUCGAAAAUUACGGUAUGGGGGCUCAUUGUCGGCAAAUAAACGACUAACAAGGAGAUGGGUUGAGCAGCACGUCCUGGGGGGGUCUUCAAUGGACGGAUCAAUUCCAGGCCUAGGACGUGGAGGAACCAAAGAGAUUGUUGAACGUGUGUUUCUCGAUGGCGCCGGUUUUCCUUAUGACCGUGUAGGAGCUCACAGUUUCGAGACCCCAUUUGGGAAGGCUAAUGACGGUACACCUGUGGGUGUUGCAGACCUCCGCAAACGUCAUGCAAUCAGUCGCUUGAGAGAAAUGGUCGAUGCUUCAGGCGAAUAUGAUCGCUGCGUUACAGAUUGCUUUCUCACAUACCCAACUAAAACUUAUCAAGACGAUUCGUACUUCUCAAAACCGAAUGCUGCAUACGAGUGGCUAAAUUUCCACGAUCUGGCAUCUUCGAGAAUCUACUCAAAUCAAGAUUGGGAGUUGAACCCAUACCUCAGCCAGGCCGUCAUUGCAUUUCAUCACCUUUUUUCCUCAUUGCACAAGUCCAGCACUGGAGAACGAAAGUUCGAUAAGGAUGAAGAUGACCAUCCAUUCUCAGGUACAAGGGCGGACUUUGCGGCUUUCGAAGCGGAAAGGCAAAACCGUGCUAUCCUUACCGAGUUUAGAGCUUCUCUCUCUGCUCCAUUACUGCGUGUGUUCCUAUCCCCAGGGACGAUUGCUAUGGAGCUUGUGCCUAACUUAAUGCGGAUGCUGGCCCCUGAGAUAAAACCGGUUAUCGUAGGCGGCAGUGGGAGUGAGCGUGGAAUCGCGAGCGUGAGAAAGGAGAGUGAAAAGGCUCUUGUGCAGUCCGCAGUAAGGGUUAUGAAUGGUCUUGGAGUGACAUUUGAGAGGACAAGGGUCGAAAUUGAGAGUGGAAUCCACAGUGGCUGGAUAUAUCGAAUGGAGCCGGCUCUCGACUCCUUAACGAGCUUCUCCCAAACAAAAGGCACAUCCAUUACUUCAGCCGGUUCCUCGGCACCAGUCCGCUACGCCGUGCGUCAAGUACUCGAUCAAGAGUACCGGAAAGAUCUUCUGAAACGUCAAGCAGAAUCUCGCCAGACUCGAUAUGACGCGCCAAAGCCUUCGGCGAACAAGAGUAGAGACCCAGAAAGGAAGGGCAGUCAUGACGAAUCAAAGGUCUCAUCCAGGCAUUCCCGGCUCAAUGGACCCCAAACAGACUUCUUCGGUCGGAUUAUUCCUCAGAAGGAGGCGCCAGUUCAACAAAACACCACGCCUCAGCAAGGGGGAAAGAAUCAACAGAAUGACGGUCAGGAUAAUCAAGAUUCGAAGGCUUGGGUCAAAUACCAUGAGGGGUUUUCAAAUGCGGUGCGAAAGCGGAUCACUAUGCAUGAGCUAAUGUCUGGAUUCUGAGCGUCCCCCUCCAACUUUUCUGUGCAUAUCUGAUAGUAACGGCCGAAUAACCAUUUCUUACAAUCAAUCACCCUCAUCAUGUCUAGGAA